GGGGAAAGUGUGAGGCGUCCAUGCACAACAAAGGAUGCGUGUGAUCUCCGGGAUGUAGAUGGUGUGUGUCGAUGAUUGUCGUCGGAUGACUCCAGUUGGAUGCACCUUUAAAAAGAUGGGCGGAGCAGCCAUCUUAAGAAUGCUGGAGACCUGAACACAUGCUGGUGUACAGCUGCUGAGGACCUCGACCACCCCGUCCCACAAAUGACUUUCUAUAGUGAGCCGUUGAUUGGUGUGCCUCGAACUCUGUAAUGGAAAAUCGUGAUGAUGAAGCUGAGCAGCACCACAGCACUAUGGUGGGCGAGGGGGGCAGCACCCCUCCCCCAAAGCGCAAGGGCAAGUUCUCCACCCUUGGCAAGAUCUUCAAGCCGUGGAAGUGGCGGAAGAAGAAAAGCAGCGACAGCUUCAAUGAGGCUUCAGAAGAACUGGAGAGAAAGAUGUCGACGAGGCGGACACGGCAGGAGCUUAUAGAACAGGGGGUGCUGAAGGAUGUCCCGGACAACGAUGCAGUUACACACAACCCGAAGCAGCUCUACGUGAAGAACGGCCACACUCUGCCUGUGAGCACUGGGGUCGGAGGAGGUGGAGGAGGUGGAGGAGUGGUCAGUGGUGGCAGGAGUCCGUGCAGUCAGGGCAAACUCCCUUCAGAGUCCGACUUUAGGAUGAACCCGGCCUGGCUCGCCCAGCCAGACGACCGAAGGGGUUGGUCUCCCUCUGACGGAGACCGCCGAGGAGCUCUGGGUUCCAGGGGCACGGGACUGCACGAAGACGUGCGGAGAAGCGGAGGGGUGGGGUCACGUGCACAUGUCGAGGGUGAAUGGAAGCCUAAUAUGGUCUGGCAGGGCCAGAUUCACGGGCAGAUGGAGGAGUGCAGACGUGGGGGCCGACUUCACCCUGAGGACGGGCAGAAGAGACCCGGGCUGCAGAAGGCCCCAUCGGAGGAUGGCAGGAGGAGUCGACCUGCAGAAGCGGACUGGAGGCCGACGCUCCCUCGGCAUGCAUCAGCUGAGGAGGGAAGGGCCCGCAGAGAGUCAGACAGCCAUUUUGUUCCUGACCCAGAAGCCUUGCGGGACACUCUGCGUGAACCUCUGCCUCCUAAACAGACCGUCAUGCCUCCAAAAUGGCUGAUGACAUCCACCCCUGAACCUGGCAGCAAGGGUCCACCUCGCACCCCAUCCAACCACCACACGAGCCAGUACUGCUCUCCCUCCGCCCCCUCGGCUGUGGCGCCCAAACCUGUUCGGUCCAUCUCCUCUGCGGGCGCGUCCACUCAGCAGUCCUCGUGUGUAGCCCCGACCUCCACCUCUCAUGGCACCAAGCAGCCCCCUGUGCCCCCACCCAAGCCUGUGAAUAGGGGCAAUUCCACCAUGAUGGGUGACUUCACACAAGCCCCCGGGGGUGCCAGUCUUGUUCCAGCCAAGCCUUCUCCACCGAUGCCUCCUAAGAGGACCACCCCCAUCACCAAACGCAGCACAGAGGACUCGAGCCAUCCCAUCAACCCCUCACCGCUUUCUCUGGACGACCACAGCAACCUCCAUAUGGGCUUUCAGCUGCCUCCCCCUCCGCCCUCCCCUCCCCUGCCGACACACAUACCACCUUCUCCUCCCCGCCAACACAUACAUAGCCACCACCUCCACCAUCAGCACUCCUAUGCCCACCCACUGCCCCAACCCAUACCAAUGCUGUUUGACCCACCGAGCCCAACCAAUGAGUCUCCUCAGCGCCCGGCUCCCGUCCCACUCCACAUCAUGAUCCAGCGAGCCCUGUCUAGUCCUGGCCCGGCUCAGCCUCAUCCGGACGGGUCGCAGCGUGCGCACACGCUGCUUUUCGAAACCCCGCCGGACUAUCAAUGUGGUCGGCCACUUCCUGUCAGCAUCCAGCCAUUGAAACUAUCUGAAGAUGACUACUCAGACGAGGAAGAGGAGGAAGAUGACGAGGAAGAGGAGGAGUACGAUGGGGAGAUCCCUCAGCCAGAGCUUGAGCCAAGGAGUCGCAGGUGCUUAGUCGGAGACGCCGGUGUUUGUGUCAUCCCGGGGGGAAACAACAACAGCAGUGAGGAGGAGGAGGAUGAAGAAGAGGUUGAAGGAGGAGAGAAUGACAUGCGUGGGGAGGACUGUGACUCAGAUGGUCCUGUGCUUUAUAAAGAUGAAGACUCAGAUGAGGAGGAUGAGCCCCCACUUAGUGCCCUAGCCAGCAGGGUCAGGAGGAAGGACACUUUGGCCCUGAAGCUGAACUGCCGUCCCUGUGCCCCAGACAGGGACCGGUUUAUCCAUGAGAGGGGCAGCAGAGACGACCAGCCUCCAGGCCAGACCGGCCUCACCUGGCAGAGCAGGGAGCAGUGGGAGGCCAUCCGCACACAGAUCGGCACCGCACUCACAAGGCGACUUAGCCAGAGACCCACUGCUGAAGAGCUCGAGCAAAGAAACAUCCUUCAGCCCAGAAAUCAGACUGACAGACAAGCUGAGGUUAGAGAGAUCAAGCGGCGGCUGACCAGGAAGCUGAGUCAAAGACCAACAGUUGCAGAACUACAGGCGAGAAAAAUCCUCCGGUUCCACGAGUACGUGGAAGUCACAGAUGCCCAAGACUACGAUCGGAGAGCAGAGAAGCCGUGGACCAAGCUGACUCCUGCUGACAAGGCGGCCAUCCGGAAGGAGCUCAACGAUUACAAGAGCACUGAAAUGGAGGUCCAUGAAGAGAGCAGAAUCUACACCAGGUUUCAUCGGCCUUAGACCCUCCCCUCUCCUUCGCGGAUAAUGAAGCACUUAAGAUCUGUGUGGCCAGAGGCUGCUUCCUAUGCGGACGGAUCUCAGUUUUACGUUUCCCGAAUGUACUGUACAGAUUGUCAGAGAAAGCCGGGAACUAACGACGCUUCUCGCUUGCCCUCCAUCGCUCUCCCACUACAUUGCUUUCACUCAACUGAUGUGGUGGUGGUGGGUGAGGACCAGAUGCAGUAUUUCUCCCGGACAACAGGGGGAACCACGUGCCAAUGAAGUGGAGAAGUGGCAGAGAACCCACGGGCCGACUCUCACUCUGCUGUUAUGUGGUACCCCUCAGGGACUUUGAUCUAGUGACAACCUUUAAUGCGGCCUCAUUCUGUGUUGCCUUUUUUCUUCUUUACUGUAUAUGGAAAAGUUAAUUCAUCUUAAUGUAAUAACAUACAAUAAUAGUAAUAAUAUGAUGACUUAUAAUACUCCACACAGUAAUAAUAGAUAACAGACAAACGGCCGCAGCUAGAGCGGGCUGGAGGAUGAAGACUGGGAUAUUCUGUUAUAGGACUGGACAUCUCUGGGAUAUUGUGUGUGUUUUAUAUAAAUUGUGUAAAGACUGCUAUUGUUAUACCUUAAAAUGAAACGUGGAAAGAUUUAAUUACAAAAUAUUCUGUAAUGCACAAGAUAUUUUAUAUUGUAAUUUUGAUCACGAGUAGUGACAGCUUUUAUUUGAACUUUUUUUUUUUUAAUUAUUAUUUGGCUUGCCUGUAUUUAUGGUUGUAAUGUGAGGUGGCCAUUUAAUGUAGAUAUAGAAAAAGGGUGCAGGUCAGGAGGCUUGUUUUAUAUGUGCCAACAUACCCAAUGCCUAAAGGACUAUAGGAUACUGGUUUUCAUAUCACUAAUUUCUGCAAUCAACUGCAUAAGCCAACACAGAAUCCAAUGUGAUUGGGUCUUGAUAAUCUCUUCAUCUAUACUUUGUUAUGAGUUGUUGUACUUCCCUUUUAAAGAUCAAACAUGCAAUGCAUUCUGUAGCCAUUUUGAAUAAGGUCAAUAGUGUCUAUACUAAGAGUGAAAUGUAAGUUGCUGUGCGUGUAGAUCAGGGAUUUAUCAAAACAAAACAAAAAAUGUAUAAACGGUCAACAGGGAGUCAUUUUGGCUGGAACCUUUUGAAACGGAGGCAGAAGUGUUUUAUCUUGUACUGUUGUCUGGCCAGUAGCUUACAUAGUUAUCUAUGCUGUGUACAGGUUGAUAUAGGUUUAACUGAUGCUUGUGUAUAUCGUGUCUUCCUUUCAUUUGAAAAUAAAUUUUAAAUAUAAAAGUAUUAUAGGUUGCUAUUUUUUUAAGCACAGAAUAUUAGUUUAUGAUUAAAUGCUACAUUAAUGGGGAUAUGAAAGUGUACCUUUUCUGUAAAAACUAAGUUCCUUUUUAAUUGAAUGUGGAAUUGUAUGGACUGACACUUUUUUUCUUUUUAAUUGUAAAUAAUCACAUCUGGAUCUAAUUAAAAAUCGUACAAU